AUGAAAUUUCAAUCCCUUGUUCUUAUUCUCGUCGUUUUGUUUGCCUCAACUGCAACAAAUCAAGCAAUAUCAACAAGCAAUUCGAGUCUUGUCAACAUCAGCGAUCCACAUGUGAUCGAAAUCGCUAAUUUUGCUCUUACAGAGUACAAUAAGAAAAAUAAUGAGGUGAAAUUGAAGUACGAGAAAGUCAUCAAUGGUAUAUCCGCAAUUAUUGAUGAUGAGACCAACUAUUGUCUCACCCUGGCAGCUAACAAUGGAUCAUCUUCUAACAAUUACGGAGCCGAUGUGUUGGAGAAGCCAUCAAAAAAUUACACCCUCGGAUUCUUUGCACGCUUAAAUGAUUAA